GCAAGGUGAGCCUGGAGGCGUACUUCUCCCUGCUGGACGAGAAGGCCGCCGACGUGCCCUUCGUGCUCGUGGGCACCGGCACCGUCGUCAUCCUGCUCGGCACCUUCGGCUGCUUCGCCACCGACCGCGGCAACGUCUGGAUGCUGAAGCUGUAUGCCAUGUUCCUGUCCCUCAUCUUUUUGGUUGUUCUGGUGGCUGCCAUUGUGGGAUUUGUUUUCAGACACGAGAUUAAGAACAGCUUUGCGAGUAACUACAUGUUAGCAUUGAGAAGCUACAAUGCAACAAUGGACCAGCGCAGUGAGGCAGUAGAUACUGUCCAGAAAACUUUGCAUUGCUGUGGAGUCCAAAACUAUUCAGACUGGACAAAUACUGCGUACUAUACAGAAAAGGGAAUCCCUCGGAGCUGCUGCAGACUCCCAGACGACUGUACAGAAGAUGAUUUGAAAGACCUGGCUAAAGCCAAGACAAAGGUGUAUGUUGAUGGUUGUUUCACUCUGGCAACAACAGUUAUGGAGUCUAAAAUGGGCAUUGUGGCUGGCAUCUCCUUUGGCAUUGCAUGCUUCCAGUUUGUGUUGUUCCAGUGUACCUUGCAGUCAGCUGAGAAGGUGGUGGCAAGGAGAUAGAAGCAGAUGAAAUAUGUCUGAGUAUGUGACCUUCCUCUUGUUUUGAGGCACUAUCCAGUCUGCAGUUCGUGAACCCAGUCUCAGAUCCGCAUUUUGAUUCCAAGUGGCAAACCCCUUGUUUUUUCAAAGUAUGUUUGCAUUUGAGUAGAGCAUGAAGAAAGUGACGUUUGAGACUUCCUUGGUUUCAGGGUUUGUGCAUCCCCUUUGUGGCAGAGACCCAGUCCCAUGCUGUGAGUGCUGCAGUGCUUGAUUUAUUUUGAGUUUACUAUUUAUUGAAUCAAAUUGCCUCAAGCUGCUGUGUGAAGCACAGUGGUACCAUCCAGACUGACUGAAAGUUUAAUACGUGAUGGCAUAAGACUCAGUGGUACGCUAAUGAGAGAAGUUUCUGCCAGGUUAUUUUAAUCUGAUAUUAGUAUGCCACUCUGCUUUACCCUGUCACAAAUAUUUUAAGUACUGAAAGAGCCUGGUGCCAUGGGCACUCUUAUUGGAACUGCUGUGUUGGCAGAUUAUCAUAGCUGCAUUUAGGGGUCAGUGUCCUAUGGAAGGAGAUAUUCUGUCCCUUCUAGCUCCUAUCUGCUUCCUAGCUCCUUCCUGGUAUGUACAAGUUGUGCUGAGCUGAUUUAUGGCUUCUGAAUUCAUGCUUAAAAAGGGGUAGGUACAGAUUGACUUCUGAAUAAACAGUGAGCCCAUGUGCUUUCAAUCAGUUUUAUUACAAUAGGGGAAUUUGAGCAGUUGCUGUUAUCAUUCAGGAACGAGUCAUGUUUUCAAGUUUCAAACAAUGAAUUGUUGGUGUCAUUCUGUUUUCAAAUGAGUUUUCCUGCAUCAGAAACAAAAGGGGCCAGUGCUGCAAACAUACUUUUAACUGUACUUACUUCCUUGUGAGAGUAAAGCUGUAUACACAGGUGUUUGCAGGAUCAGGUCCUAAAUGUCUUUAUAGUACAGAAAACUCAGGUCUGGUGCCUGUGUUGCAGUAACAACUGAUACAUCUUCCAGAUGUUGCUGAAAUAAAAACUAUCAGCCCACCGCCAACCUUGCUUCCAUCAUUGUUUUUGAAAUGGGAGAGGCAGUUGCUGUUUUCUAGAGGUGGGGUAAUUGGCUGUGAUGCUCCAUAUGUCCAUAUAUGGUAAUUUCACAGAAAUUUAUAACAGUAGAAGGUUCAUUAAGCAAAAUCUAACAAGAAGGAACAUUGAACCAAGACCCUUCCACUUGCAGUUUUUAUUAAUUCUGAUGAUGGGUCAAGGAAGCCAUAUUUCAGUUUGGUAAAAUGUCCUUAUCCAAGGGUUCACUUGUACAAAACCAAAGCAGAAGCUCCCAGUGCUCAAGAUUUCAGUCACCUGCUGUGGGGGUAGAGGGGUCCAGGCACAUACUGUCCAGUUUUGACCCUAUUUC